AUGGAUAUGUAUCCCAUCGAUUCCAAAGUCAUGGAUAUAAAUAAAAGUAUCCUUACUAACAUUGCUGUGGAUACCGAUAGUGAUAUUGAUGAAAGUCCGAAACGACCUUUUAAAGAAGAUGAAAGCUUACAGAACAUAAGCGAUGGAUUUUUCGACAAAAAUGCUGUGUUGGCCGAUGAAGUUAUUGAAUAUCUUAUAGAAGACCUUGAUGUGUCAGCGAUGAAGACAAAUGAGUAUCAGUUAACUUCGCAAGAUAAGUCCCCAUGUUCUGUGUACUCUAGGUCGGUCACAGCAGUUCACUCUCAAUCUGAAAAUGUUUAUUUUGAUAACAGAGAUUCUCCGAGCAAAUUAUCGGAUACACCAACGCCCUCAGAAUACAACUCAUUUACUUCAAGUCCGCCGCGUCCAUUAUCAGAAUUAGAUCAAAAUAUCUGUUUAAUAAACUCAGGCAGGCCAUCGAGUAUGUCACUAAUUUCAAACUGUCAAUCUUCUAUAAGCAACACUAGUGAUGCUUCUUCGGUGGUGGAGGCAUCAAGAGAAUGUUCUACACCUUCGUCGUUAAACGGUAGAAAAAGACGUAAACAUCAGUCCAGAAAUGGAAAAUUGCAACCUACGAAACAUCUUAAGCCGGCAUGUGUUAUUUGCAAGUUUAACUGUAGCGUAAAAAUAUCUCACGAAGAUAGAAAACUUAUCUUUGAUCGUUUUUGGGAUCUCUGUGAUCACGAAAAACAAUGGGUUUUUAUAGGUAAAUAUACAAAACGUUGUAUGAAACGAAGAAUUACUACAGAGAAUGAUUCUAAACGCCAACACAGUGUAAACUAUACACUUCCAAUAAAUUUAAAAGAAACCAGCCCUAGAACUGCAAAAGAACUGAACAUGCCAAGAUUUUGGAGAAGUAAACAGCUUGUAUCGUUAUGCGUAGAAGAUCAACAGCAAUCGAUACACCAUUUAGCAAUGGAGCUAGAAGAAGAAUCAUCUUCAAUAUUAUUUCCAUCACCUCCACCUCCAGCUCCAUCGAUAAUUAUUCAAGCUGUUGACGAAGGUGAACACGCCGACGUUGGCAUGAGUACUUUUACCGACCUCACAAAUAUGAUUUGUACUACAAAUGCGGAAUUAGCUUCAGGGAUUACAGGUACAACUCAAAGUUUAAUAACUACUACUACUGCUAAUAUCAGCAUAACAUCUGAUUCCUGCUUAGAAAUACAAAAUGAUAACGAGGCAAACAUUACUAACACACCAGUUCCUGCUAACGUUAUGCUGCAGUUGAAUGAACAAACUGGAUAUUUUGAACCGCUCUUUGAAAAAGAAAAUAUUUGCACUUCCAUCCCACAAAAUGAGGAAGAAGUGGCUCUUAGUGAGAACAGAAAAGAAAGAAGGCUCAAAAAUUAA